AUGGCCGACACUCAGGAUUACAUCCCCCUUCAUUGGCCUCAGUGCUCAUUGCAGGCCAUCAACCUCACUCCGUUCAUCCUUCCUGUGAACAUCUGGGUCUACCCGAACUCCCUUGAUGCUUCGCAGAUGAACCUAGCCACCGGUUACACCGAGUCCUUCUUCAACUGGACGGUUCCAUUCUCCAUAGCAGCUGGGACACAUUUUACGCUCUAUAUCGAGGAGUUGAAGGGACAGAACUACUCGUUCAGUGGGAACGACAUCGCCUCCCCUGUCAGCGAUCAUAGUGGCGAUCCAACUUGUUCUCACCCUGAUCCAGGCAAGGCGAUCGCGAUACGAGAUAGUGACAGCUCUGGAGUGUCCUGGCCUAUCUGCAGUACCCAAUUCGUGGAUUUGACGGGCUUUCGUCAGCCCGUCAAUUUGUCCAUCUCCGUCGACGAUGGCACAUCCAUCUCGAGUCUCGCCACGAACCUGACAGCGAAGGUUUACCCUAUCGAUGUGAAAUGGUGGCAUCAAGGAGAACAAGUCCAGUUACAUGUAGACCAGCAAGCCGACGAUCAAGGUAUCCCAGAUCCGCGCGUGUAUUCCAGGAUCGAAGUUGGAGAAAGCAACGACUCGUCAUGUCUCCCGUCGUCUGUUACUGCGUCAAGUCCUACAUCAAGCUCUACAGUAGCUCCGGCUCAUUCGAGCUCUGGAGCCACUGCAUCGCGCAAUGGUACAUCAACUGCCGCCAUCGCUGGUGGAGCUGCUGGCGGCGUGGCCGCUCUUGCCAUUACCCUGGCCCUUGUUCUCUUCUGCAUAUGGAGGCGGCGACAGACUGUUCGCUCUCAAGCUGUCGAGAUUGAACCCGGCAUACGCGAGGCUUAUGAAGAGACACCAGGAUACUUGCCAUCCUACGCAGAGAUCUCGUCUCCUACUCCGCUCACAGGUAGCGUCUCUUAUGGAGAUGCUGUGUCCCCGUCGUUCAGAGACUCAGUCUCUGAGAGCGAACGCUCUCGAACGCCUCUCGGAGGAUCUUCGUCCCCAAGCGCCUCUCGCUCGAGUGGCGGGGUGAAGACUUCUGUGUCGUCGUCCGCAUCGUAUCUGCAUCAUGCUCGGACAGACUCGAAGACACCGCUACUAUACCCAAAUUACUCCCCUUCUGCAUUUGUGCUGCAUAACCCUGAUGUAACCGAGGAUGGUGUUUUAUCUGCUGGCCCAUCCCGGACCUAUCGCGCCUCCUAG